GUGCACUUCACGUCGGAUUCUCUGCCAAUGCCCCAUGCUAUGGCACUCAUGGCACUUCGUUCCUCUCUUCGUGCUUGUGCUGACCCUGGCCAAAGGAGACCAGGCAGCUUGCGAUGCUUUGAAAGGGGCGUGGUCUCGUGCUGCAGAGAGCGGCCUGCGUUUUUACGCCUCAGGCAGCAGCACGGGAGCUGCCUUAACAGAGCCGGUGGAGUCUCGAGCCGAGUCGGCCCGCAACGACCUUCAAACAGCCGCGGUGCUGGCUGCCGAGCUGGACGCCACCGAGGCGUGCGGGCCCAACGCUUCUCUUGCGCAGAGGUUGUUUUGGCUGCUUCUACAGUCACGGGAGGACGGCCGGAAGCGUAUCGCCGAGGUGAGCCCCCAGAGGUGCCCAGAAGGACGCCCACGCCGAGCCUUUUUCCAGGGACACGCCCUGGACCCGGAGAUGUCUUUACUCUCUCCUGAGCCGUCAUGGGUUGAACUCCUACACUCAGGCUGGCCGGUGUUCUCAUUAGCUGCUUUGGUCGAGUCAGAGUUCCGUGAUCCCCCCACCUACAGCUUAGCUGCCACACGGCUGGGCCGGCAGGAGCCCUCAGAGGAAUGUAAUGGAGAUCAGGAGGUUUUCCACCACAUCUCCAUGCUCUUCGCAGCAGAAGGUCGAACGGCUCGACUCAUCGAGAUCCGAGACUUCCUCAGGACGCAGGUCGAUGGCGAUGUGGAUUUGGUAGCAGGUCCGCAAUUCUUCAAGGAGCUUAUGCAUGGGGUGCAGGGAUCAUGUCCAGCGGCACAAGCGGUGGGCUAUGCUGCUUUGGCUGAUGCUCUUCAGUGUCAUUGGCGUCGCCCAUCAUCACAUCGGAUGCACGAGCUGGCGGACGUGGCCGUUGCAAAGGCCCAGCAAGGUGCUCUGAAAGCUUUUGGCCACGGUCCCGGAGCCUUCAAUGUCAUGAUGCGUUCCCGGUGGCCUUUGCUAAGCUUUCUCGCACGGCUACACCCAAGGACUGGACCUUCGGACCUGGUCGUAUCCUGGUCCAGCCGAGAGGCCGAGCUGGGAGGCACCAACUGGGCCCAGAACUUCGCUAAGGAGGUCUUUGGUGACCGUGCUGGCGUUCACUUGGAGGAGGAUGUGGAAUGUGCUGAUAUCUACGUCUACCGUUCGAAGGUCCCGGUGAACUUUGGUGGCGUACUGAUCUUCGUGGAUGGAGAGCGUUCACCGGAGGACAGCUUGCAGGAGACUCUCCUCCGAAGUUAUCCAGCUUCGAUCGUGGUCGGCCCGAUGGCCGCGGGUGGCCUCUCUGACUUCUUCCUUUGCCCGGCCGCGUCCACCUCUUUCUCUGCUCGAUUGCUGGACAGCCCCAUGCGUUUGGUACAGCCACGACCACUACAGGUGCGUCCCGGCUUUGCAGCUUACUUGGUCUACCGUUGCUACCCGCACCGUGAGCGCUUUUUCCACUUGUUGGACAGUGCCGCCAAAGAGCAGGGCCUGGGCUCGGUGGAGAGCCUCUCGCGCUGUGGCAAUGCACCUCCUGACAUUGAGCGCAGGUCGAAGCGCUAUUCAGCCAGCUACUAUGACGACGCCGUGGAGCUCUUUCGUAGCUUCCGCUUUGCGAUGGUCUUCGAGAACCGGCUCUCGCCCAGGUAUGUUACUGAGAAGAUUGUGAAUGCGUUCCUGAGUGGUGCAAUACCGAUCUACUGGGGUUCGCCCUUCGUGCUGAAGAUCUUCAAUCCAAUGGCCUUCAUUUACGUGAAUUCCUUUCGAUCUUUCGAGGCCGCUGUGGAGCACAUUCUCCGUGUGGCUUCAGAUCCGGAGCUUUUUGCUCUCUAUGCCACUGCCCCCGUUCUGAGGAACACCUCCAUUGCACGUUGGCUUUUCUCCUGGCACCGCAAUGCACCCCCCCUUCUACGGGAAGAGCCUACGCUGAGGGAGGCCUUGGCGACCUUGGCGUUUCAGAAACACCAUGAGGGGCUCAGAGGCACGCUGACAGCGGUCGAACGGCGGCCCUUCGACUACGCUCACCUUUUUCCCCCCUAGGGGCAAGGAGAGCGGCACGAAAGAGUUGAAUGAAAUUGACUACAAUGUUUACAAA